GUGCCAAAACGGGCCCCUAGAGUAGCAUUGAAUGACUGCUAAUCAAUCUCGUUCUCCAGAUGUGGGCCUGUGAUGUUGAGUGGCUCGAAUACAGCUCAUAUACAGCCAUUCCAACAUCUACUGGCAUCGUUACCGCGCUGCACACAACCACCGGGUCCAGCGCUACAAUCACCAGUCUUGCCACACGAUCAGAGACGUAUUACUGGAGCGGUCCUACGCCGACGUGCUCCUUAAAUGCGAAACAGUGCAGCAGUCUGAUCUCGUCGUACGAGGAAGCAGCGGAUGACUACUAUGCAUCGUCGUCCGCCGGCUUAACACCAUCUCCAUGGACUCUCGGCGCGUAUCCGGCCUGCACGACGUCAGCCGCGGCAAAUGCGACUUCGACUUCUGGCGCGCUCUGGACAGUACCUCCUGGAGGGAAUGGCUGGGAGUGGAUGUGGGCUUGCGAAGGCGAAUGGGAGGCCUAUUCGUCUAUGAUCCCAGUCCCUACGUCUACUGGGAGCAACACCGCAACACGAACGAUCACGGAGGCGAGCACAACAAUCCCAGUGCCGACGUGCACUCUCAAUAGCGCAGAGUGUAGCAGCUUAGUGUCUUCUUUCGGCGCCGCGAAUCAGGCGUAUUGGUCGUCGUCGUCCGCGAGCUUGUCCCCAAUCUGGACGUUGGCUGCUGAAUGGCCAGUUUGUACAAACUCAGCAACGGCAAACGCGACUGUCACUCCGGGUACUACUUCAAGCUCGCAAUGGACAGUGCGUGCUAAUGGGACUGGAUUGGCCUACUACGGCUCAUGUAACAACGAAUGGUACUUGUACUCUUCCAUGGCUACGCUAGGCGUCUCCACUACCACCAUUGUGGCCACGGAGACACUGACGAAGCCAAGUACGACCAUCACAACCCCAAAUUCGUCGAACAGCACUCUCUUGUAUACUGGGGCCACCCCCGCCUGCAAAUUGGAGAAUGCCGAAUGCGCCACACUGCGAAGCUACUACGGAUCAUUGACGAGCUCCUACUUCUCGGCAAUCUCAGCAAGCUUGAACCCAACUUGGACGGAGACUCUCCUGCCACCAGUAUGUACGAUCACACCAACGGCAACCAUUGGCAAUGCCAUAGCCGCCCCAGUCCCCCCGGCGCAAAAUCUCACUGCGCUGUGUUUAGCGACUGGCUCGCCAUGGUCCGUUGCUGCGAACGGCACAGGGUUGGACUCAGCGUGGGACAGGAUGUGGGAGUGUGAGUACGAAUGGGAGCAGUACUCCAACCUUGUCCAAACUGGCUGUGGUACCGGAACAGUCACUUAUUCUUACGAUGUUACGGCACUGAGCACAACGAUUACGCACGUAUCUAAAACUAACGGCACCAUCACUUAUUCUGGCCCAGCCCCAAGUUGUACCGUCAACGGUGCAGAAUGCUCAACAAUGUGGAGUUACUACAACGCAUUGGCGUCUGACUUCUGGUCAUCUAAAUCAGAAGGUCUAGAUCCCAGCUGGAACGGCGAUUUCAUGCAACCGUCGUGCACACCUCCCCCGAGCUUCAACAUGUCGGUCAGUGGAAGCGGCUUGAGCUCGAUGUACAGCUGCCAGGGCCUGUGGCAGCAGUAUAGUUAUGAUAUAUCGAGCGGGUAUGGUUCGUUCUAUACCACGAACACGUCGGUCUGGGCGACAGAUUUCACAGCUACAAUCACGACGCUCUGCGACGGACGAGAGCGCGUAAUGGGAACAUUGACGCCGCUCUCCUCCUAUUAUUAUCCGACCCAAGCGAUGUACAGAUUGAACUAUACAGGUCCGCCGCCAAACUGCACUAUUAACAAUGAUGACUGUUACUCGAUGUCCAGCAACUACCAGUCUGCAGUGUCAUCCUAUAACAUGGCGCUAUCCACAGAUGGGUCAGCGAAGUGGCCCGGCAGCCUCUCGAUUUCUCCCGUUUGCAAUGUUACUGGCACUCUGGCUUCAGCGCUAUCGACCACCAGACGUGCUAGCGUCGGCAAUGCUAGUGCGUGUGGCUACUGUACCAUCUAUGGUGGCAGCGUUCAGCUGCUCUACUUUCCAGUAACCACUAAUUACAGUCGAGAUAUGUGCGCAACAAAGCCACCUGCGAGCUCGUCGAUUUGUCCCUUUGGCGAGGUCGUAGAAGGGGGAGCUGCAACAAACGCCGUGGGACAGGCAGAAGGACCCUGCACGUACAAACCUUUCAACGCGACCAGCACACUCAACUCUGGGCCGUUUGUUGUUUCCGCCGGAACCACAUUCUAUGAGAAUCGCGCUUAUAUCAGCUACGAUACCGCUUAUGCCUCAGAUGGGUGUGGCAGGGUAGGGAGUGAUCACGCCGGCGGUCUUCUGACUGUGGCUUCGACAGACCUGUAUUCAUUGGUUCGUAAUUGGAGCAUCUCGUGUCUGAGGCAUCACUAACGCUUUGAUCCGCGCUCCGCAGUGGGGUUACUGGGGGGAGAACUAUAACUACGCUUACUCAUUCAACUUCGCCGAUC